AUGUCGACCAUCAACGAAAGCCCUCCGCCGACGUACACUAAGGAGGCGCCGCAGCAGACGGCGACAGAGGAGCGUCAUGUUCAGUCGGACGAGGAGUCAGCAGUUGUCAAGACGCAGGAUGGAGUCAAGGCGAUGGAAGCCGUGUCCAUGACAUGGUCGAAAUGGGGUCUUAUAGUCGCAUAUCUUGGCAUCUUUUUGAUGGCCUUCUCGACUUCCUUGGAGGCGCAAACAACGUUUUCGUACAGUGCUUUUGCCACCAGCUCGUUCCAGUCACACUCGCUGCUGUCAACUGUCACUGUCGUUCAGAGUGUGGUCCUGGCUGUCAUGAAGCCCAUCAUGUCCAAGGUCAGCGACGUCACGGGGCGUCUUGAGGCCUUUACCCUUUCCAUCGUGCUGUUCGUACUUGGAUUCAUCCAGCAGGCGGCGUCGACCAGUAUCGACUCGUACGCCUCGGCACAGAUCUUCUAUUCGGCCGGAAGCACGGGUGUUCAGAUUCUGCAGCAGAUCUUCAUUGCCGACACGAGCAACCUGCUGUGGCGUGCCCUGUUCUCUUCGCUCCCGGACAUUCCGUUCCUCGUCACGGUCUGGGUCGGACCCGAAAUCUCGGCGCGCAUGCUCGAGCAGGGGAGCUGGCGUUGGCGUUGGGGAUAUGGAAUGUGGGCCAUCAUCCUCCCCGUGGCUUUUCUGCCCUUUGCCAUCAGCUUGUUUCUCAACCAGCGCAAGGCCAAGAAGCUGGGUGUGCUCGACGACCGUGGAGAUUGGAUCUCAGCGAUUAAGCGCCAGGGGCCCGCUACAACGUUCAUUAAGAUGGUUCAGUCGGUCGAUCUCUUUGGUAUCCUGCUGUUGAGUGCCGGCUUCGCGCUGCUCUUGAUCCCCCUGACCAUUGCUACGCGCCAAACAGGCGGCUGGGGCAACGGGUCCAUAAUUGCCAUGCUCAUUAUUGGCGCCAUUUCCUUGAUUGCCUUUUGUUUCUGGGAAUGCGCCUCGGCCAGGAUUAACCCACAUCCGCUGAUCCCGCUCUAUCUCUUCAAGAGCAAGACGUUCUGCGCCGGCUGCGGUAUCGCCUUCUUCUAUUUCAUGGUGUUCUACCUCUCGGUCUUCCCCUACUACAACUCUUACCUACUUGUGGUACACCGCAUGGACAUAGCUACGGCUGGGCGUAUAACUCAGGUCUUCUCAUUCUCCAGCACAGUUAUGAGUGUGCUGGUCAGCUUGGCCAUCAGGUACACCAAGCACUACAAGUACUUCAUCACCGCGGGCAGCCUGCUGUACCUACUCGGUAUUGCGCUCAUGAUUAACUACCGCAGCGAAAACGCCGGCAUGCCAGCCCUGAUCGGCACCCAGGUCUGCAUAGGCGUCGGCGGUGGAAUGCUCAACGUGCCAACGCAGCUUGGAGUACAAGCGACAGCCAAGCACCAGAACCUGGCUAUCGCCACGGCUGUGUGGCUCACGGUGCUGGAGCUGGGUGGCGCUGUCGGCAGUGCUAUCUCGGGCGCCAUAUGGACAAAGGUCGUCCCUGCAACGUUGACAGAGCUACUUCCCGAGGCGAGCCGCGCCAACGCCACCAUGAUCUUCAAUAACGUUAACACUGCCAUGGCGCUCGAGUGGGGCAGCCCCGAACGCAUGGCCAUCAACGCCGCCUACCAGGCCGGCAUGCGCCAGAUGCUCAUAGUUGCCGUCUGCAUGUGCGUGCCUAUUGUGCUCUUGUCCCUGCUCAUGCGCAACAUGAAGCUGGAUGAGGUUGAUCAGGGUGUCAAGGGCUACGUCAUUGGUGGUCGUGUAGACGGGGACUCGAAGAAGGACGCCAAUACUGCGGUUGCCUCUAGCUCUGGGGUCGCUGCUGGGCCGCAGCAUCAUCAGCAGGAGCAGGAUCAACCUGUGCAAGAAGCUACCAAGAGCGACCAGGUUGUCGACAGAAGCACCGCUACUAGCCCCGAGAUUAGGGGAUAG